AUGAUCGCGAGGAUUGCGGAGCUGCGCGGUCCACCUCCUUGGUUGUCCAAAUCGAGGGCCAAGAGCGUGGUGGGGACGUUCACGAGGCUGGCCGAUGAACGAUGAAUAUGGAUGGUAGCUGGCUGCGACCCUCGCGCUCAAUAUUGCCUCGGUGUGCUGAAUAGAAGAUAUUUGGCGAGUUCGAGCGUGGAUGGCUGUGCGAUCUCUGCUUGUGUGAGCAAUCCUUGCGCUGAACAUGUGGAGUCAAAGCUAGAGGUCAAGGCUCGUGACUACGACGGCAUUCGUGAUUGUCCCAUAUCAUAUCAUGAUGCUUCAGGCUCAGAACUCACGACAGGCCAACGAGGGCUCGGGCCACGCCCAUGGUAGUCACGUGAACGCACCUAAGAUUAGCGGGGUGCUAGGCGCGUCCCCUCCUUCCGUUGGUUGCUGCGUGCAGGCAAGCUGCGUAGGGGCCGCUCGCUCUAUUCUCUUUGCCCGCCAGCACUCAGACUGCAACACCUGCUAGUCGAUCGUGAUGAGUAGGUGUGAGUGUGGUGUAGCCGUCAGCAGUUAAAAGCAGCCAUAAUCUGAAUGCUGCAUGGUCAAAUCAAGUCUUGUCACGGACAGAAAAGCAAGGCGUGGGUGCAGCGACGCACAGAUACCCGGGAUAAUCCCAUCCUCGGUUCAGUUCAAUUGUCUAGCCAGCCCACCCUGACGUUGC